AUGAAAUGUUUUUCCCGGUAUCUACCUUACCUCUUCCGUCCUCCGAGUACCAUCCUUUCGUCCUCUUGUCACACGGAAGCUGACAUCAUCUCCACUGUUGAGUUUAACUCUACGGGAGAGCUCCUGGCCACGGGAGACAAAGGUGGCCGAGUGGUCGUUUUCCAGAGAGAACAAGAGAGUAAAAACCAGCCACACAGAAGAGGGGAAUACAAUGUUUACAGCACAUUUCAGAGCCACGAACCCGAGUUCGACUACCUGAAGAGUCUUGAGAUUGAGGAGAAGAUCAACAAGAUUCGUUGGCUUCCCCAGCAGAAUGCCGCCUACUUUCUUCUUUCUACCAAUGAUAAAACUGUGAAGCUGUGGAAGAUCAGUGAGAGAGAUAAGAGACCUGAGGGUUAUAACCUUAAGGAUGAAGAUGGAAGGAUCAGAGACCCCUCCACCAUCACUACAUUGCGGGUGCCAGUGUUACGGCCCAUGGACCUCAUGGUGGAGGCCACGCCCAGAAGAGUGUUUGCUAACGCUCAUACGUACCACAUCAACUCCAUCUCUGUCAACAGUGACUAUGAGACCUACAUGUCCACUGACGACCUGAGAAUCAACCUGUGGAACUUGGAGAUCACAAACAGGAGCUUCAACAUUGUAGACAUCAAGCCAGCCAACAUGGAGGAGCUGACAGAGGUCAUCACGGCGGCCGAGUUCCACCCACACCAGUGCAAUACCUUCGUCUACAGUAGCAGCAAAGGGUCCAUCCGGCUGUGUGACAUGCGAGCCGCCGCACUGUGUGACAACCACUCCAAAUUUUUCGAAGAACCGGAAGACCCCAGUAACCGCUCCUUUUUCUCAGAAAUCAUCUCGUCCAUCUCAGAUGUGAAGUUCAGCCACAGUGGGCGAUAUUUGAUGACACGAGACUACCUGACUGUGAAAGUGUGGGACCUCAACAUGGAGAGUAAACCAAUAGAGACCUAUCAGGUGCAUGAUUAUCUGAGAAGUAAACUCUGUUCACUCUAUGAAAAUGACUGCAUCUUUGACAAGUUUGAAUGUGUUUGGAAUGGAUCUGACAGCGUGAUAAUGACCGGCUCCUAUAACAACUUCUUCCGAAUGUUCGACCGCAAUACGAAAAGAGACGUGACGCUGGAGGCGUCCAGGGAGAACAGCAAGCCGCGGGCCAUACUCAAACCCCGCAAGGUGUGCGUCGGAGGCAAACGCCGUAAAGACGAGAUCAGCGUCGACAGCCUGGACUUUAGCAAAAAGAUCCUGCACACUACUUGGCACCCUUCGGAGAACAUCAUCGCCGUGGCUGCCACCAACAACCUCUACAUAUUCCAGGAUAAGGUCAACUAG